AGUGAUACUAUUGUAAUGGCGGCUGAUCAAGUUUGAAUUCUCUAUCACCAAAUAUAACCCUCAUCCUUUCUUAUAACUUCCAAAAGGGUACUCUUAGUUUGUGAAAAAAGAAUAACAGGAGAAAAAAAGGAAAAAACAAGAAAAAGAAAACGACUUUCCUCCAUUUUUGUACUCCUCUCUUUCAUAUUACAUGUGUUUGUUGAAUUUAAAGGUGGCGAACCGGAAAGACUCAGGCGACUACAUCAGGUGCCCUGCUACUACAGAUAGCGGCGAUGAUGAUCAUGAUGAGAUAUACCCACAAUCGGUGUUAAAUCAGCCAGGACAAGUCGACACACAGUCGCCAACUGUGUUUCCUGGAUAUGAUAGUAGUACAAGGGAGAUGACUACAAUGGUUUCAGCUCUUUCUCAUGUGGUAUCAGGCCAAAGAGCUGGUGAUUGGGGAUAUGGGGCUGGUUUAGGAAGUGCAAUAACAUCUAGUUAUGGUAGUAUUGGACUUGGUUCUGCUUCUUCUUCUGCAUAUUCUCCUGGUGUUUAUUCAUCAUCUUCUUCUUCUCCUUCUCCUCCCUUGUCUGCUUAUUCCUCUACUUCUGGUUCUGGUUCUGGUUCUGGUUCUGGUUUCUGGAUUGGACAAAAGAGAGGGCGUGAAGAACAAGGUGCAACUCAAUUGAUCGAGUCUAUGCCAAGGGUUUAUAGAGCGUUCGGUGAUUUCAGAAGUUCUCAAGGAGAUUCAUCUUCAUCUGGUGCAACUGUAAAAGAAGAGGCAGCUGCUUCAAUUAUAGUCCCCACCCCAACUACCGCUACCACCUCUGCUACAGUACCAGUGACGUCGUCAACCGAAACAGUAUCCUUUGAAGAAACGGGCGAGCGGAGAAGAAGAUACAGAGGAGUUAGACAAAGGCCUUGGGGAAAGUGGGCAGCUGAAAUACGUGAUCCACAUAAAGCAGCAAGAGUCUGGCUUGGCACAUUCGACACCGCAGAGGCCGCCGCCAGAGCCUACGACGAAGCUGCUUUAAGAUUUAGAGGAAACAGAGCUAAACUAAACUUCCCCGAACAUGUCAGAAUACUGCCACCUCCAAUGCAAACUGUUCCCGUAUCCCAAAUCCCCAUUGGUCGUCAACCACCAUCUCAGUUACAGUCAAUGUCAUCUCAACCACCACAAGAGCUGCCGCAGGCGGCCCUGCACCCGCAAUUCUUUCAGUCUCAAGCUGAUACGAUGAGAGAUUACUUGGUGUACUCCCAGCUGUUACAGAGCACUGGGGACAUGCAUGGAACUCAACCAUCGAGUUUGCUAGAGCAGAUGUUUUAUAAUCAGCAAUUGGCUUCUCUACAAUCAAGUUUUCCACUGUCUUCUUCUCUAUCUUCUUUGUCUUCAUUAUCUUCCUCCAUUUCAGCUCCUUCAAUUGCAGCGUUUUCUUCUGGGUCAUUAUCAUCGUCAUCUUCAUCCUCUGCUUCACUUCCUCUGCUUUUGGCUGGUCAACAAUUAGGUUUUUUCCAUCCCCCUCCAAGUCAGAAUCCGCCCACUGGUUCAGAUUUUCCGGUGCCUCCGUGGUCAGAUUCUAGUCACUACCCUUCCUCUACUGGUUAAAAUUUUUAAGUGGAGCAUUUCAGACUCGAAGCCUGGAUUAGCAUGUGAGUGAUAUAAUCAUUAAAUUAAAACAGACUAGGCUGUUAAAAUUGGUUAUACAUUUGUUUUUUUUCAGUUUUUUUCCUAUUUUGAAAUUUUAAAAUAUUUUUUCUGUCUUUUUUUUUACAAUUUUCUACCCUGUAUUUGCAUGUAGCAUUGGGCUAUUUCUAUCAAAAUUCUGCCCUUUUUCUUUCUUAAA